UGAUGCUUGUGAAGGACAUUGGUCACAUAACCAUUAUAAUUUGAUCAUUUCGCAGAGUUUUUCUUAAUUGUAUACUCACUUUAAAGAUCUUCGAAGUUCAUCGAUUGAAAUCCAUCAAGCCAGCUAUUUAGGUUUGUUUUAAAGUCCCAACUUUACUUGUGCAUAUGGAUGAUUAUAAGUCAUAUGGUAAUUUCAGUUACCCAAGUGAGAGCAAUCCAUGUCUUCUUCCUAUUCAUGAACACAUGGCUACAAGGAAACAUGUGCAGGUUUACAAGAAACGUUGGUACGUUCUGUUGAUAUUCUGCAUCAAUGGAAUGAUGCAGUUUGCUAUUUGGAACACUUUUAGUCCUAUAGAGACGACAGCUAGAGCGGUUUAUAAAUGGGAUGGAUGGGUUAUCGAUCUUAUUGCUGCCUUAGGCAGCAUCACAUUUUGUGUCUCAAUGUUACCUUUUUCUUGGAUUAUGGAUGUUAAAGGUUUGCGUUUCACAGUGCUGUUAGCUGCUGCCAUGCAAGUGGUUGGAACGGUUUUACGUGUUUUACCUGCGGGCAAAAUGAAAAUUUUGACACCUUUAAUUUAUUGCGGCCAGAUAAUCAGCUGCUUGGGUGGUCCGGUAUGUAUGGCAGCACCACCGCUCUUAUCGUCAACAUGGUUUCCCCAGCACCAACGAACCACUGCCACUGCAAUAUCAACUGUCGCUGCAUAUAUAGGAUUCUCCCUGUCUUUUCUUAUUGGACCUGCCUUUGUCGACGAUGUGAAAGAUUCGAAUGCUGUAAAAAUUGGUGAUAAUUACAGACUAAACACAACUGAAGAGAAAAAAUACGAAAAGCAAAUUAAUACUUUACUAUACUUCGAGGCUUCAGUACAGACAAUUUUAUUCUUUGUCAUAUUAGCAUAUUUUCCAUCCAAGCCACCAAAGCCUCCGAGUCUUUCAGCGUCCACAGAUCGUGUUGAUUUUAAAGACGGUGCACGAAAACUGAGUAAGAACUUUAAUUUUCUUCUUCUUUCCACAAUAUACGGAGCCAGUACAGGUGUAUUUGGAGGCUGGUGUGCCAUUUUGUAUCAGAAUCUCUCGGAGUACGGUGUACAGGUGAAUGAAAAUUUUGCUGGACUGCUUGGGUUUAUUGCUGUCACUAGUGGUGCUAUCUCGGGUGUCCUAUUUUCUACAUUUGCUGAUCGUUUUUCUGGACAUUUGAAGUUAUUGCUUAUCAUCUUUAUGGCGUGUUCUUUCUACUCUGUCCUGUUGAUUUAUUACGUUUUUACUGGAAUUGUUAGAUUUAAUAAAGGUUUAGCUUACGUUUUAUUUAGCCUCAGUGGAUUUUUUGUCAACGGAACAAUACCAUUGUUCUUUGAGUUGGGAGUUGAGUUGACAUAUCCGGUUGCAGAGGGUAUUACUUCCGGUGCUAUGACGUUCUUUAACAAUGUCGUGGCGUCGCUAUUUCUUCUUCUUCCAUUGGGAAAUAUUGGUAUAAAAUGGAUGCUGUGGGCUACAGUGGGAACUUGUGCUGUGUCAACUGUACUUCUACUUUUUAUAAAAGAGCGUUAUAACAGGUCAUUUGUGGAUGGGAAUUCGACAAGAGAAAAUGAUUUUAUCUCAGCUUCAAUAUCCACGUGAACAAAUUACUACAAUGGAAUGCAAUAAUCAAAACAUUUUCAUCAGUUUUAACGGAAGGAUUAUCCAAACCAAACCCGAAGCUUACUUCAGUCCAAAUCUAUGGUUGGACAAAGACUUCUGAGGAUUAAAGACGCAUUAAAUCCUUGAUUGGUUAAAUAAACAAGUAUACGUUAUUACUUAAUAUAUAGCUAAAUAAUGUACUACUUGUUCUACAGCUGUAUAACUAGAUUGUCAGUGACUAGAUUAUACUUUUAUACCUUUAAUCCAAUAUUUUUGCUUUUCCCAAAAUAUUCGUUGCGUAGCUAUAGCAGUAUUAAAAGACCAAACAGUCACAACCUUAUAACGACUCUAUAUUAUCCUGAAGAUUUUGACUUACUUUGUCACGUUUAGGACAAUAUGAAACUGAAAUAGUAUAAACUAUAGUUUGCAACACAUUACAUCGUCUCAUAUUCUCACUUUGGUCUCUGGUCCCAAAAUGAAUGGUGUCCAAAUUAAACGUUUAGGGUGCUGAUUGACGUUUUUUGACUGUUUCAUCGGUUAUAUCUGUUAGACUGUUACUCUCACAGUCAUAUCACAUCCAAAAUUCAUUACAACAGCCGACAAGGUCCUUUGAAAAUUCAUUGCAACAGCCAACAUAUAUUAUACUCUACACAAUCCGACAUUGCUUAAAUUACGCAUGGGCAGUAAACGUAUUGUAGAUCGUGUUUAACAAUGUGCCCUCCUGGCUAUCACUAUAGUGCAAAAGUGACUCCCGCACUUGUGAGACAAGAUGUACAGUUACAAAAUGUAUGGAUUGUUUUGCAGAGUCACCAAAGUGCUCAAACCUAUUACGGUGAGCUUGGCAAUAUAUUCAAUAUUGCAAAGAAUCAUAUAUUGCAAUAUAUGAUUUUCUUAAGAAAGCUUUAAAAGGUCUUUUGUAGUUCCAUCUUGAAAUGUCACUUUUAUCUUUAAAAAUCCUUUUAAUGAUAUUCUUUUUCAUACAUUUAUAAGACAAAUAUGUAUAAGUAUUUAAUUUUGUAAAUAGUUACUGAAAAGCCCUAUAAGGAGUACCUAUUGUUUGUCAUUAAAGUCAUGAAAGUCAUAUAUAUAUUUGUAUGAUACGCUCACUUCAUGUAUAAAAAGAAACAAAUAAAUAUUUGCCAUAAACUCAAAA